AAUAUUUCAUUUGCACUUUGACGUUAACUGCCCUUGGUUGCUACACACCCCAUUAAGGCAGAUCUGGAAGGAAAAGAGGCUAAAGAUGUUCCAUUUGCAGACACACAGCCGUGUAUAUAAUUAUACGUGCACCGUUGUGCUGUGAGUCCAGCAGUCAGUCAGUGAGUCUGGCCGCUUCCUUGCUAGUAUGUCCCCAGGACAAUGAGCGCACCUCCCGCCCCUCCCGUGAGAGCGCAUGUCGGUUGCUGGAUCCCUGCCCUGUGUCACAUUACGUAAGGCGGGGACGGUCUGUCAGGGAUUCUGCUGCUGCUGGUGGGAAGGUAGAGCCGCCUGUGGGAAGCGGGGAGUGCGAGUCGGAGUGAGAGGAGAGAGAGGCUGUUCAUUGGCAACAACUGGCUUGGUGGUGACAGGUGACUCUGAGCGACUUGGCUUCUUGGUUUGUUUCACACUCGGAAUGGCCGAAUAAGGAUCAAACGUUCCACGCUGAAAGGAUAGGAAUAUUUAUGAGGAAUAGCCCAAAAUGGAAGGACUUCUGUCUCCAAUGAGAGCUAAGAUGACGGAGGGUCGGCGAUGUCAAGUUCACCUCCUAGAUGACAGGAAGCUGGAACUUCUUGUGCAGCCAAAGCUAUUGGCCAAGGAGUUGCUGGAUCUUGUUGCAUCACACUUCAAUCUGAAGGAAAAGGAAUAUUUUGGGAUAGCCUUUACAGAUGAAACGGGCCAUUUGAAUUGGUUGCAGUUGGACCGCAGAGUAUUAGAACAUGAUUUUCCUAAAAAGUCUGGUCCAGUUGUGUUGUACUUUUGUGUCAGGUUUUACAUAGAAAGUAUAUCAUACUUGAAGGACAAUGCAACAAUUGAGCUAUUUUUCCUUAAUGCCAAAUCCUGUAUAUACAAGGAGUUAAUAGAUGUUGAAAGCGAAGUUGUUUUUGAAUUAGCUGCGUUUAUCCUGCAGGAAGCAAAGGGAGAUUUUACAAGUGAUGAAUUAACAAGAGCAGAUUUAAAGAAGUUGCCAGCCCUUCCAACUCAGGCCCUGAAGGAGCACCCUUCACUUGCAUACUGUGAGGACAGAGUAAUUGAAUACUAUAAGAAACUGAAUGGCCAAACAAGAGGACAAGCAAUCGUGAACUAUAUGAGUAUUGUGGAAUCACUUCCCACAUAUGGAGUGCACUAUUAUGCAGUCAAGGACAAGCAAGGAAUCCCUUGGUGGUUGGGGUUAAGUCACAAAGGUAUUUUCCAGUAUGACCAUCAUGAUAAAGUAAAACCAAGAAAGGUCUUCCAAUGGAGGCAGCUGGAAAACCUUUACUUCAGGGAGAAGAAGUUUUCAGUAGAGGUUCAUGAUCCUCGCAGGCCGUCUGUUACCAGAAGGACGUUUGGACAUGGUGGAAUUGCAGUGCACACAUGGUACACCUGUCCAGCCCUUAUAAAGUCCAUCUGGGCUAUGGCCAUUAGCCAACAUCAAUUCUAUCUCGACAGGAAGCAGAGCAAGUCUAAAAUACAUGCUGCAAGGAGCCUGAGUGAGAUUGCGAUUGACCUGACUGAGACAGGAACCCUAAAGACUUCAAAACUUGCCAAUAUGGGCAGCAAAGGAAAAAUAAUCAGCGGAAGCAGUGGGAGUCUGUUAUCCUUUGGUUCCCAGGAGUCCGAUAGUUCACAGUCUGCCAAGAAAGACAUGCUGGCUGCACUGAAAUCCAGGCAGGAAGCUCUGGAGGAGACACUACGCCAGCGAAUAGAAGAGCUGAAGAAACUGUGUCUGCGGGAAGGGGAGCUCACAGGUAAAUUGCCAAGAGAGUAUCCUCUAGAUCCUGGGGAAGAGCCCCCUACAGUACGACGAAGAAUAGGGACAUCAUUUAAGCUUGAUGAGCAGAAACUUCUAGCAAAAGGAGAGGAAGUGGAGCUGGAACGCCUGGAGAGGGAGUUUGCAAUCCAGUCACAAAUCACAGAGGCUGCUCGUCGCUUGGCCAGUGAUCCACACGUCAGCAAGAAGCUGAAAAAACAACGAAAGACCUCAUAUCUUAAUGCACUGAAGAAACUGCAGGAGAUUGAAAACUCGAUCAAUGAGUACCGCAUCAAAUUUGGGAAAAAGCCCACACAGAGAGCUUCCCUGAUUAUUGAUGAAGCCAAUCUCGGCAGUGAAGACAGCUCCCUCUCCGAUGCUCUCGUGCUUGAAGAUGAAGAUUCUCAGGUUCCCAGCAUACUGUCUCCUAUGCAGUCGCCUCACAAAGGUUUACCACCAAGGCCCCCAUCUCAUGCCAGACCCCACCCUCCACAGUCAUUGGAUGGACUGAGACAGCUGCAUUACCAGAGAAAUGACUAUGACAAGUCACCCAUAAAACCCAAAAUGUGGAGUGAAUCCUCCUUAGAUGAACCAUAUGAGAAAGUGAAAAAAAGAUCCUUACACAGUCAUUCCAGUCACCACAAACGGUUUCCAAGCACAGGAAGUUGUUCUGAGGCCGGAGGAAGCAGUUCUCUACAGAAUAGCCCAAUCCGAACACUGCCUCACUGGAAUUCCCAGUCCAGCAUGCCCUCCACACCAGACCUGCGUAUACGCAGCCCACACUAUGUUCAUUCAACCAGGUCAGUGGAUAUCAGCCCCACCAGGCUGCACAGCCUAGCACAGCACUUUAGACACCGGAGCUCAAGUUUGGAGUCACAGGGAAAGCUUUUGGGCUCUGAGAAUGACACUGGAAGCCCAGAUUUCUACACCCCAAGGACUCGUAGUAGUAAUGGCUCUGAUCCCAUGGAUGACUGCUCCUCCUGUACAAGCCAUUCCAGCUCAGAACACUACUACCCAACUCAGAUGAACCCGAACUACUCAACAUUAGCUGAAGAUUCUCCCUCCAAGGCCAGGGAACGUCAGAGACACAGAUAUAAAUCUAAUGGCAACCUUGUAUCCUCCAAUUCAGGGAGUAUGCCCAAUUUAGCUGCCAGAAAUGGUACAGGGCAUCAUGGAGUCUACCUUCAUAGCCAGAGUCAGCCUUCAUCUCAGUAUAGGAUCAAAGAGUAUCCACUUUACAUUGAAGGAAGCUCAUCGCCUGUGGUUGUGCGCAGUCUAGAGAAUGACCAAGAGGGACACUACAGUGUCAAAGCACAAUUCAAGACAUCAAACUCUUACACUGCAGGAGGGAUGUACAAAGAGAACUGGCAUGGUGAUGAGCCAGUAGAUUCUGUAAGGCUUACUGGCUCCCGCUCUCAGAUUGUAAGAACUCCAUCCCUUGGGAGAGAGGGCUCUGAGAAGGGCCCAGGCAGGACUGUGGUUUCUAAUGAACUGCGUCAGUGGUACCACAGGUCUUCAUCAUCUCAUAAAGAGCACAACAUACUUUCACAUACUAGUUCUAAUUCCUCUGACAGUGGCUCCCAGUACAGCACAUCUCAAAGCACCUUUGUGGCACACAGCAGGGUAACAAGAAUGCCUCCAAUGUGUAAAGCAACAACAGCUGCCUUACCUCAUGGUCAGAGGAGUUCAACGCCUUGUAGUGAUCUCACAGCCACACCUCCAAGUAGCCCUCACCACAUCCUAACAUGGCAGACUGGGAGCUACAAUGAUAGUUUCUAUCUAGACUCUGCUCUGUAUCAAGAAUUAGCUGAUGUCCAGUGGUACGGACAAGAGAAAGCAAAGCCUGGGACUCUUGUUUGAACCCCGUCAUCACUAGAAUGCCAUUUGGAGUUCACCUCACUGCCUCUCAUUUGCCUUAUCCAGAUGCACUAUCAUCAUCCCACACCAGCUUCAGCUAAAAGCACUUUUCAUUUGGAAACAUGCAAGUGAGGAAUCAAGAGCAAAGCCCUGUCUAUGUGCGAACAUCAUCAUGUGCCUCCAAAUUCAUAUGUAAUGAGAAACUGUGACUCACGUUCAUAUUCAGCUGGAAGCAUUUUGUACAAGCCGGGAGUAAAAUCAUCACUAAUCACUAUUAAUAUCAUUGUAUGGAAGUGACAAAUAUACCACUAUUGGAGAGUCAAAUUCAGGCCAACAGAGCACUGGUAAAUCGAACAUUUCUUUCUUGGGGGGACUGAUAUUUUAUUAUUACAGGUGUCAAAUGUUUAUUUUACCUUCUAAGAGACAUAAAGACCUGACUGUGAUGUUUCAGAAUUAUGGUCAGUUUUAUUCUUACCAAAGAUGAAAAUAAUGAAAGAACGGUUUAAAGUUGUCUAACAUUAAAGGGAAACUGACAUUUACAAAAAUUAAAAUGUGCCACAGAAGUUUUUUUUCAUUGUUGGCACCAAAAUGGUAAAAAUUUCAUAAAAUGUCAUUCUAUGGUGGGGGAUCUACAACUCUGACCACAGACAGCCAUGGAUAUGUUCAGCACAGCCAUAGUAAGCUUUAUUUUUAUACAGUCUUGUAAAAUCCACUAAGGUAGCUAGCAACCCAAUACAAUUUAGGCUUCAGAUACCAACUGAUUUCUGUGGCUACUUACCCAGGGCACAAUUUUCUGUU